AUGACCCAACACCAACUUAAUCUCUCCGGUGAUGCCUUCGCCGCACUCCUUCAGGCGCUCUCAGCCCUGAACCUUACUCCAAACGGCGACCCUGCUUCAGGUGGGUCUGCCUCGAGUGCCACUACCCCAGCGAACACUCAAGCAGUCCCGAGUUCGUCCUCUGAUGCGCCUGCUGCCUCGACUGGUAGCAACGACGCAUCUGCGCAAUCUGCUCCGCGUGGUGCCCCCGCCCCAGCAGUAGUGUCUGCUGGACAGCCCGGCGAGAACUGGUAUGUGAUUAUGGCGGGACGCCAGGUUGGCGUGUUCAGCAACUGGGAGCAAGUCCAGCCUCUCGUGUCAGGCGUACCUCACGCCUGCCAUAAAAAAUACAAGUCUCGUGCUGAAGCUGAUGAGGCCUUCGAGACUGCACUUGCCGAAGGGAAGGUCCGGGUCAUCUAA